AUGACAUCUCCGUUAAAACUUCAAUUAUGUCAAGAAGAUCCUCCACAAUUUCGUAAAGAAUUAGCAGUUUGUGAAAAUUCGGUUUUUGGACUUGAGAACACCAUAAAAAAUCUUGUUAAAUUAGCAAGAUCAAAUGUCGAAUUAGCUUCAGAAUAUACAGUGAAGCAACUUCAAUUCGCUGAAGAGCUUGGAAAUUUUGCAAAAGAACAACCCGAAUCAAUUAUAAAAACUGUUCUCUCGAAAUAUGCUUCUUCACUCCAUGAAGUUGAAAGGAGUCGCAAAAUCCUGCACUCUCAUAUGUAUGAAAUGUUCAUAGAACCAUUGGAAGCUUUUGCUAAAAAUGAGAUAGUUCCGUUAAAAGAUGUAAAAAAAGUUGUUGAAAAAACUUGUAAUGAAGCUGAUACUGCUCUUGCUAGAUAUAUGAGCAAGAAACCUAAAGACUCUAUGUUACCUGAUGUAUCAAUCGAAGUCGCGUAUACUCGCAGAGAAUUCCAUCGUCAAUACAUUGAUUAUGUAGUAAAAUUAAAUGAGUUAGAAGCAAAAAAGAAAUUCGAAUUCAUGGAAUAUAUUUUAGCAUUAAUGUUUACUGAGUCGUCGUUUUACCACCAGAGUUAUGAUAUUUUGAAAGAUAUGGAACCUCAUAUGAAAGAUGUUACAAGAUUACUUCAAGAAGCUAGGACCGCAUACCAUAAUGAUGUUGCAGAAUCACAAGUAUUAAAGAACAAGAUUUUAGAAAAAGCCAGAGGGUCCUAUGAUCCAAUGAAAAAUCCCACGAAAGAUAAUAUAAUAGAACGAAAUAUAAAUUCACCCAUUACUAAAUCCGGAUAUUUGUUCAUGAAAGGCAAUCAACGAGUUAUGCAAUCAUGGACUCGCAAAUAUUUCACAAUCUCAGAUGGAAAUUUAUAUUAUUAUAGUAGAAAUGGAAAGGGAACCAAUGGAGACGAUGAACAUCCUUCAAUUACUUUAAGGGUUUGUCAUAUUAAGCCUUUAUUAAAUAAUUCAGAUAGAAGAUUUUGUUUUGAGAUAAUAACCCCUAAUAAAACUUAUAUUUUGCAAGCUGAGAAUCAAGAAGAAAUGGAUGAUUGGAUAAAUUGUUUACAAACAGCAGCAAAAGAUGCAAUAUAUGCCGAUCAGAUGCCAAAACCUGUGUCUGAUCCAAAUAAAUUGCAGGGUAUAUCUCAAGAAGAUGCUGCUAACGAAUUUAAUUUAAAUAAAAAAAUUAAUGAUGAGGAGACAUUAAAUUCUAAACAAUCAAUUUCAAAGAUAAGAGAAUUACCAGGAAAUGAUGUUUGUGUAGAUUGUAAAUGUAAAGACCCACAAUGGGCAAGUACAAAUUUUGGUACUUUGCUAUGCAUAGAGUGUUCUGGAAUACACCGGAGUUUAGGUGUGCAUGUAAGCAAGGUUAAAUCAUUACAACUGGACAAAUGGGAACCUGAAUCAAUUGAAGUUAUGCUUAAGUUGGGAAAUAUCAAGACAAAUAAAAUAUACGAGGCGAAGCUUGAUGAUAAUAGUGAGAGAUUGAAUAAUUCCUCUUCAUGGGAGCGUGCUGAUAGGGAAAAAUUCAUCAUUGAUAAAUAUGUUAAAAAGGAAUUUAUUAAUUUGAAUAAUUAUGAUGAGGACCCAGUUACAAUUAAUUUGGCAUUUUGGAAAGCAAUGUCAGACUCUGAUUUUGCUGAGGCUUUAAGAAACUUAUCACUUGGAGCAAAUGUAGAUUGGAAAAAUGAGCAAGAAAAUUCUACUACUGCACUACAUCAAGCGAUACUAAAAAGUGAUGAUGUUGCAAUAGAAUUUUUACUUUUAUGGUCUUGUAACAUAAAUGAAGUAGAUAAUAAUGGAUGGAGUGCAUUACAUCAUGCCGCUGCUACAAAUAAUGCUAGAUUGUUAUUAACACUUAUGAAAAGACAAGCUGAUACUCAUUUAAAGGAUAAAAAUGGAAAGAUUCCACUUGAUAUUGCAGUAGAGAAGCAAAAUGUUCAAGCAGUUACAGCAUUAAGGUUAUUCCAAUUUGAGAGACAACUUACAAGAUCAGAAUAUUCAAUUUUUGGAGUAGAUGAGGCAUUAAAUAGUGUAUCUAAACCAUAUAAUCGUAGUGGUGCAACAUCAUUAUCAACAAGAAGUGCGCCAGCAACUCCACCAUCUUUAUCUCGACCUUUAUUAGGUAUGGAAAUGGAAGAACAUGAUGAUAUUAUGGUUAGAUCAAGUGUUGGAAUGUUACCUUCAACAUCAACAAAUAAUAGUAACGGCGGCAGUUUAACUAAUUUAAAAUUUUCUCUAUCAAAUCUUAAAAAUUAUGGACAAUUACAUGAUUACGGACAAUUGGAUCAAGAUAAUGACGAUAAUAAUGAUAUUUAA